CCCAUGUUUAAAUCAGUUUGCACUUUCUAGAAUAGAUUCAGUGGAUGACCAGAAUGCUACAAUUGUUAUUUUUGGUUGCUCUAAUCGGCUUUGGGUCGUGUUACCCAACUGGUCAUAUAGCAGAUAAUGUCAACGUCAGAAAACUGUUCGUCCAGGUCGACAUGGAUAAAGAUUCUUCUCUGAGCAUUCAGGAUUUUGAGGGAAUUUUUAAACGUUUUGACUUGAAUGGUGAUGAUAAAGUAGAAAGUAAGGAGUUUGUAAAUUACUGGGCUAUAGAAAACCUUGGUACCCCACCAGAAGCUGUAUAUCUGUUUUAUAAUCUUGAUGUGAAUAAAGAUGGGGUCAUCUCUCACUCCCCAGAUCUACCAUUCAUAUUCACUUGGUUUGAUUCAGAUAAUAAUGGACAAGUAAAUGAAGCUGAGUUUGUGGUAACCUGGCAGAAACUAACAGCCUGGCAAUAAAAUAUCAAAAUUAUAA